AUUGCCUUGGAAGUGAAUCGCACCUACUAUAAUUUAGUGCCUGCUUACCGUAAUAGCCUAGCCUCCCGUUCGAACAACAACACGCUUUCACACACGUCGGCUUCAUACAGGAGGGGAAAACUAUCUUCGAACGUUCUUAGUGCUAAACAAAUAUUUAAAGAUACUUUUCUCAGCAGAAGCGCAACGGUUGCGAAGAAGGCGACAAUCGUUCUACAAAAACACGACCGACACGCUAAUGACGCAAUCCGAUCACAGUGAUCUUGCAAAGAUAGAUUGAGAUUCAGGUCUUGAGCAUAUACACAACUUCAAACUUGGGGGCUCAACAUCGAACUUAAGUACUCUAGCGCCGCACAACAUAACAAUAUCAACUUCAACAUCGUGGUCGUCGUUGUAGUCGUCUCGUCGCGAUCGCGAUCAUCAUCAUCAUCAUUAGAGCUCUUUUAUGCCGCCCUGAUUGCCUCAAGAUUGUUGGUGGAGCAUUUAGUCAUGUCUGACAUCUAGAGACCUUUGGAGAUUUUGCUCCUCAAAUAUAUAGUUUACUCGUACUCUCAGAUACUUGUUCGAAAUAUUGGCGUUUCGGGAAGACUGCGUUUAGUUUGCUGUUGUUGUUUUUAUUUUUGUUGUUGUUGGAAGUCGCAUCGCAGCGCGAGUGCGGGCUAAAUAAUUUUAUACCGUGUGCGUGUGGAUUAGUGGGGGGAAAUAAAACCAACGAGAAAUAAAAAAGAAAAAAGUGAAUUAAGUGCAUUUUCAUAUAAAAUCGAAAAACGAAUUUCUUGGUUUCGAAGGGCGAGUAACAUUCCUCCGGAAUUCCUCAUUUCAAUUCGUAACGAGUGAGCAGAUACCAAGCAAAUACUCAAAAUGAAAUCCAAAUACGAGAAUCUGAAAAUCAUCUAUAACCGUAAUAAAUUCGGUUGGUAUUGGGCGCCACUUUUUCUGAGUUUCUGGUUUGUUCUGUUCUACGUGACCGUAAUACCAAGUUUCGAACAUUACCCGAAUAUCUUGCACAUAAAAGAUGAAGCCAAUAAUCCGACGAGAUUUAUUGGUGAGAGGGCUGAAAAUAACUUGUUGAAUUUAACCAAAAUGGGACCGAGAGUUGUGGGAAGUGCUGCCAAUGAACAGGGAACUAUACAAUUCCUUUUGAAUGAAGUUGAUAAAAUUCAAAGUACGGCGAAGAAUGAUAUCUUUGAUAUUGAGGUGGAUGUGCAGGUUGGAUCGGGGAACUAUGUCCUUUGGAAGAUGGUGAAUAUGUAUCAGAGUAUACAGAAUGUUAUUGUUAGAGUUCAGCGGAUUGAUUCGAACAAAACAUCAUGUUUGCUUUUGAAUAGUCAUUUUGAUUCGGUGCCAGAGAGUUCAGGAGCUGGAGAUGCAGGUGCUAUGGUUGUGAUUAUGUUGGAAGUUUUGAGAGUGAUUACAAAACAGGAUACUCCAAUGGACCAUUGUUUGUUAUUCCUUUUCAAUGGUGCUGAAGAGAAUCCUUUACAAGGAUCUCAUAACUUUGUGACAAAUCAUAAAUGGGCAAAGGAUGCGAGAGCAUUGAUCAAUUUGGAUUCAGCUGGAAGUGGUAAUCGGGAGCUUCUUUUCCAAUCUGGUCCAGAUCAUCCUUGGUUAAUGAAUUAUUACGGAAAACACAUAGUUCAUCCGUUUGCAUCAACAAUUGCUGAAGAACUUUUCCAACACAACUUCAUACCUUCAGACACAGAUUUUAGAAUCUUCAGAGAUUUCGGUAAAAUUCCUGGACUUGAUAUGGCUCAUGUGGUAAAUGGCUACGUUUACCAUACCAAAUAUGACAAAUUCAACUUAAUCCCAAGACACACUUAUCAACUGACUGGUGAUAAUGUCCUCGAACUUACCAAAGCUUUUGCAAAUGCUCCUGAGCUUGAUGAUCCAUCGAAACACGCAAUUGGUCAUACGGUAUUCUAUGACUUUAUGAAUUGGAUUUUAAUUUACUAUUCUCAAACUACAGGGGUUAUCCUAAACAGUGUAGCCUGCGGUGCGGCACUCAUUAGCAUCUUCUUGUAUGUCUGGCUUUUACCUAAGCACAUGGGACUUAGACGAUCUCGUACCUUCAUUCACUUUGCCAUUAUUUUUGGAAUUCAGCUGCUUUCUGUCAUUCUGGCCGUGGGUUUCACUGUUUUGCUGGGAAUAAUUUUGGAUCUUGUAGGGUUGCCACUAUCGUGGUAUUCACAAACGUGGAUGGCUUUUGGGCUUUACUUCUGUCCGAUGUUUUUUUUUUUGGGAAUCCUGCCAGCGAUAUAUUUACAGAAAACAAAAGAGUAUGGAAUUCCACUUGGAAUCGCAGUUCAGUUGUUCAUGCACGCCCACUGCCUGAUUCUGGUCCUCAUCACUAUCCCAAUGAUCUGUUUCGGAAUUCGAUCGGCUUUCUUGCUCAUGGUUGGCAUAAUUUUCUACACUCUUUCGGUCAUCAUCAAUCUAGUCACUUGUCUUCAUAGAAAAACAUUCUUAUGGUUAAUUCCUCACAUCGUGUGCCAGAUUGUUCCAUACCUUCUUUACACCUACAAUUGUUACGCCUUCUUCAAGGUUUUCAUACCAAUGCAAGGUCGUGAUGGGCCUGACACCGAUCCAGAGGUCCUAACAAGUGGAUAUGCGGUGAUAAUUAGUUUGUUGAUUGCAGGCUUUAUAAUUCCGAUCUUAUUCAUAUUCCGAAAGACAAAAACUAUUCUUUCAAUAUUUGCCUUAAUUUGUGUGAUCUUUAUUAUUCUUGCUGCAACACCCGUUGGAUUUCCUUAUACAGCGAAGACCUCACCUCAAAGAUACUAUGUCACGAAUACCAUAAGAAGGUUCUAUAAUCCGGACAUGACUGUAAGAAGAGAAGACUCUGGAUAUUAUGUCGUACCUGUUGAUCGAAAACCCCAUUCUCUUGAUGAAUUUUUCUCAAACUCGAAUCUCACCAAAGCUUCCAGAACUGAAGACUGUGAAACAGAGCUGAUGUGUGGUUUUCCUAUUUACAAUGCCAGAUGGUUAGGAUAUAAGAGCCAAAGCUUUUGGAUACCCGGUCCAAGUCCCCAAAUAAUUGGCAUCCCGUCUAUGCGCAUUAUCUCAAAAGAAGCCGUUUCAGCAACCAAUAUUAAAUUCCAAAUUGAAAUCUCUGGACCUGACCAUAUGGGAAUAUUCAUUCAGCCGUUAGACGAUGCUAAUCUUGUUGAUUGGUCUUUUGACAAGGAACCAAUCGAUCAACAAUAUACACCGCCAUAUUUUGUAUAUUUCUCCUAUGGACUUGAUCCUGCCCCUCUUAAAUUUUAUUUGGAAUUUGAGAGAUACAGUCCCGAUUGGGAAGGUCCAACAUUUGACAUGGCUGUAAUUGGACAUCUGGUUCAUCAUGAAAUUCAUUAUACCGAUGAAUUUAGGGGAUUCAUUAAAACUUUCCCCGAAUGGUCAUAUCCCACAGCAUGGACAAGUUCUUAUCAAAGUUGGAGGCUGUAAAUAUUUAGACUUAAACAAACUAAAAUAUUUAUAAAUUAUCUAAUAAAUAGGUAUAUCUCUUUAUUUUUGCCAUUAAUCGAGCAAACUUUUUAAUGUAAAUUAUUUAUAUGCUUACAUUGAUAUAGUUUAAUAUAUUGUGUAAAAAUUUUGUUUGUAAUUUUAAUUUUAAUUAAUUUUAUUAUUUCUCAUAAAAUUAAGAUAAAUAAAGUUAAAUAUUAAAAUCAA